GAAAAGUCAGAAGCUUUUGGAAUGUGGGGGUGUAGCCUUUCUGGGACUCGCCUUCUCAUGAAUAUUCAGAAUCAGGGGGGAGGGGUCUUAACCCUUUACCGGCUGGCUGGCCGGAAGGCAGCCCCUCCCCCCCGCGGGCGGGAACAGGAUGUGCGCCGGGGCGGCUCGGGGGGGAGGGGAAGCCCUAGGCGACCGCCCCCCGCCUCACAGCUGGGACCGGACUCUCCCGCUACAGAUGUGGCGCUGCCGCCGCCGGAGCCCCGUGGUACUCAUCCCAGAACCCGAAGGGUCCAAAGUCGUGGACUCUGGCGUCGCGAGUCUGUGCACCGCUCCGUGAGAGACCCCGAAGCCCGGGACCCCGCGUCCAGGCUAAAGGACCCCAGAUAUCCAGGUGCCCAGCGCCCCCUCCUGGAGGAGCCGGGAGUCCGGGACGUCAGCCCCGCGCGUUCCUGGAGGCCGAGCUUUCUGCACCCCGUUUUAAAGAACUUAGGAUCCCAGAUCGGUGAUUACCUCCAACGGUUCCCAGAUAUCCGAGCCCAGCAUCCGAACUUGGCACACGGACUCCCAGCGCCCCGGCCAGUCUGUUUGGUGCUGAAACGCCCACUCCUUCCAGGGGACUCAGGAACUGGGGACUCCCCUGCGCUCCCGCCUGGAGAUGGUUUAAUCCCCGCUCCUAGAGUUAGGGGAAUUCAGGAAUCCGGUCGCCCCACGGCCCUAUCUAGAAGACUCAGGAACUUGGGUCCCCAGCACCCCAUCUGAGACCCAAGAGUCGAGACUCCAGCAUCCCCCAUUGAGAGGACCAGGAAAUUCGGACCGCUGCAUCCCACUCUCCGAGAGACCUCGGAUUCUGGUUCCCGGAGGCUGAGAGCCCGAAGUUCACGCCCCUGACUUGCAGAGACCCAGGAGUCCGGCUUUGCGUCUCCCCGGGGACCGUGCUAGGGUUGAAUAGGAAUCCGGCAGCCUCGGCUCGGGGCUGGAGACUCCCUGGGAGAAGCCGCUGAGCCACUCAGCCAUGCCCGAGGGAGCCCGCGGACCGAGCCUGUCCAAACCCAGCCCUAGCCUUGGCGGUGGCCCCACAGGUGAAGUGUGUGACUGCGCAGCUGUGUGUGAGACCCAGACAGCCCCUGCAACCCCUGCCAUGGCCUCCCCCCGAGGUUCUGGGAGCUCCACAUCCCUGAGCACGGUGGGCUCCGAGGGGGACCCGGCUCCAGGGCCCGCCCCAGCCUGCUCGGCCUCUAGGCCAGAGCCCCUUCCAGGACCCCCCAUCCGCCUGCAUCUGUCACCGGUGGGGACUCCGGGUUCCGCCAAACCCUCGAGGCUAGAGCGAGUGGCUCGCGAGAUCGUGGAGACAGAGCGGGCCUAUGUCCGGGACCUUCGCAGCAUUGUGGAGGACUACCUGGGUCCUCUGCUGGAUGGCGGGGUCUUAGGGCUGAGCACGGAGCAGGUGGGCAUACUAUUUGCCAACAUCGAGGACAUCUACGAGUUCAGCAGUGAGCUCCUGGAGGACCUGGAGGGCAGCAGCAGCGCAGGGGGCAUUGCCGAGUGCUUCGUGCAAAGGAGUGAGGAUUUUGACAUCUACACAUUGUACUGCAUGAACUACCCGAGCUCCCUAGCCCUGCUCCGGGAGCUGUCGCUGUCCCCGCCCGCAGCCCUGUGGCUGCAGGAGCGCCAGGCCCAGCUCCGCCACUCGCUGCCCCUGCAGAGCUUCCUGCUGAAGCCUGUUCAGCGCAUCCUCAAGUACCAUCUGCUGUUGCAGGAGCUAGGCAAGCACUGGGCAGAGGGCCCGGGCGCCGGGGGCCGUGAGAUGGUGGAGGAGGCCAUUGUGUCCAUGACAGCGGUCGCCUGGUACAUCAAUGACAUGAAACGCAAGCAGGAGCAUGCUGCGCGCCUCCAGGAAGUGCAGCGGCGGCUUGGCGGCUGGACUGGCCCGGAGCUCAGUGCUUUCGGGGAGCUGGUGCUAGAGGGCGCAUUCCGAGGUGGCGGAGGGGGCGGCCCCCGACUUCGAGGGGGCGAGAGGCUGCUCUUUCUCUUCUCACGGAUGCUGCUCGUGGCCAAACGCCGGGGUCCGGAGUACACCUACAAGGGCCAUAUCUUCUGCUGCAACCUGAGUGUGAGCGAGAGUCCUCGAGAUCCUCUAGGGUUCAAGGUGUCCGACCUGACCAUUCCCAAACACAGGCACCUGCUCCAGGUGAGUGCAAGGUGGGGCUGGGCGGUCAGGGUUCCCCUCAGCCCCCAGACCUUCCACCUGGCUCCCGACUCCCUAUCCCACCCCCAGGCCAAGAACCAAGAAGAGAAGAGGCUGUGGAUUCACUGUCUCCAGCGCCUUUUCUUUGAGAACCACCCCGCCUCCAUCCCCGCCAAGGCAAAACAAGUUCUCCUUGAAAACAGCCUGCACGGUGCUCCUAAAAGUAAGCCCAUCCCAGAGCCCCCGACGCCCCCUCUUGGGUCUCCCCGACCUCGGGAUGCUAGAAAUUUCACCCCUGGACGAAGGAACACAGCUCCGUCUCCAGGACCCUCUGCUACCCGCCGUGGCCGCAGACAGUCUGAGCCAGUAAAGGACCCGUAUGUUAUGUUUGCACAGAAUGCUAAGCCUAGACUCAAGCAUGCUGGCAGUGAGGGGGAGCUCUACCCCCCCUUGGAGCCUCAGCCACCAGUUCCAGCUUCCGGACCCCCUGAGGACCUAGAGGACCCUGGCCCCCCCACCCUGGAACCCUCCGGGACCUCGAUCACGGAGGAGAUCCUAGAACUGCUGAGCCAAAGAGGCCUCCGGGAUCCAGGGUGCCCACUACAGCCGCCCCCCCACGACAUCACCGCGUUCCCUGGAGACUCGCAGGUGCCAGGCGACAGUGAAGCCCUCGCAUUCCAAGCCCUUCCCAGCCGGGACUCUUCAGAAGAGGAGGAGGAGGAAGAGCUGGAGUUGGAUGAACGGGAGCCUUCCCCACUCCAUGUGCUAGAAGGGCUCGAAAGUUCCAGUGCGGCUGAAAUUCCCGACGUUCCCAGCCGUACCAAAAGUCCAGACGUACCCAACCUCCCUGAAAUUCCCAGCCUGUCUGAAAUUCCCAAGAUUCCCCACCUUCCCAGCCUCCCUGACAUCUCCAAUGUUUUUGAAAUGCCCUGCCUUCCAUCCAUCCCUAGUGUCCCUGACAUUCCUAGCCUUCCCAGCACUCCCGCCCUUCCCUGUGAUUCCUGGCUUCAGGGAGCUCUGCGGGAGCCCGAUGAGGCUCUAGCCACGAGGAGAGAACUGUUUCCUGGAAGCAGUUCCACCAAAGGAGAGCGGUCCUCUGGGGGCAGGGUAGGGCAGCAGGAUCCUGAGGAAGGGGAAUCCUUCCCAGAUUUCCAGUCCCAGGAGGUCACCCGAGACCAGGGAUUCUCAGAUGAGCUGGGAUUCCGCUCUUGUUCAGAAAUCCGGAGCGCCUGGCAGGCACUGGAGCAGGGGCAGCUGACCCGGCCCGGUUUCCCAGAGCCACUGCUCAUCCUGGAAGACUCGGAUCUGGGUGGAGGUGGCGGGAGUGGGAAGGCAGGAGCCCCGAGUUCGGAGAGGACAGCUUCCCGAGUGCGAGAGCUGGCCCGGCUUUACAGCGAGCGGAUCCAGCAGAUGCAGCGGGCGGAGACCCGGGCGUCGGCCAACGCGCCCCGCCGCCGGCCCCGUGCUCUGGCCCAGCCGCAGCUGUCCCCCUCCCUGCCCCGUGAGCAGGCCGAGCCAGGGCCCCUGCCUGCCUUUGGACACGUGCUGGUAUGUGAGCUGGCCUUCCCGCUGACGUGUGCCCAGGAAUCUGUCCCUCUGGGUCCUGCCACCCGGGUUCAAGCUGCCACACCUUUGUCUAAGCAGGGAGGCUGCCUGGGUGGCCAGGGUCUAAAUGUUUCAAAUUUGCCUGAGCAAGACCGUCUGAGCAUCCAGGUUCCAGCUGCUACCCCUUUGCCUGGGCAAGGAGGCCUCUGGAAUAUACAGAGUGUGGCUGGAGCCCCCACACCCUUGCCCGAGCAAGAAGACCCCCCACACGAUCAGGUUCCAGCUACAACUUUACCUGAUCAAGAAGGCCACCUGGAAACCCAAGUUCCAGCUACCACGCCUUUGCCUGAGCACAGAGGCCACGUGGACAUCGAGGUUCCAACCAGCCCAGCUGUACCCAAGCAGGGACGUGGUUCUGAUGCCAUGGGUUUAGCCACCACUCCUGUGCUCAAGAAAGAAGGCCACCUACAGAGCCAGAGCCCAACCACCACCCUGUCAACGAAGCAAGGCGGUUCCGGGGAUGUUCAGUUCCCAGCUGCUGUUUGUGAGCAAGCCGUCAACACUUUGCUUACGCCCGGAAGCAGCCCGGACCGUCAGAUCCCAGGCAACACUCCGCUGCCCUUGCAGCGUGACCUCCCAGACGUUCAGGUCCCAGGUACUUCACCUGGGCCUGCGUACGGAGGCCGCCUAAGCCACCAGACCCCAGCCAACGCCCCGCUGCCUCUGCCCCAAGACCUCUCAGACAUUCAGGUUCCGGGUACCUCACCUGUGCCUGCACACGGAAGCUGCCUAGACCGUCAGAUCCCAGCCGACGCCCCACUGUCCUUGCCCCAGAACCCGAACGUCCCAGCUGCCGCACCUUUGCCCCGGCAACAAGGCCUCACGGACACCCAGGCCCAAGCCCUCCAAGCCCUCCCGCCUUUGCCCGAGCAGGGAGGCCUCCCAGACAUCCAGGGGCUAUCUGCUGCACCUCUGCUUCAGGAGCAAAGCUUCACAGACCUCCACGUCCAAAAAGUUACACCUUUGUUGGAGCAGAAGAGCCUCACGGACACUCGUGUUCCAGCUGCGACCGCUUUGCCUGAGCAGGAAGGCUCUCGGGACAGUCAGGGCCUGUUACCCAUCCCGGUUCCCACCACCAUGGUUUUCUCCAAACCAGGAGGCCACCCGGUGUCUCAUGUCGCCCGGUCAGAGUCUUCAGAGUUGACCCCACCCCACAGUCCCCCUCCUCCAACCCGUCAGCUCCUGGGUCCCAGUGCAGCUGCCCUCUCAAGAUACCUGGCAGCGUCCUACAUCAGCCAAAGUCUCGCUCGGAGACAAGGGCCUGGGGGAGAAGUUCCCCCAGCCUCCCGGGGUCCCUGGUCCUCCUCUGCCCCGGCAUCGCGGGCACCUUCACCACCACCCCAGCCUCAGCCCCCACCACCCCCAGCCAGGAGGCUCAGCUAUGCCACCACGGUCAACAUCCAUGUCGGGGGCGGUGGGCGGCUACGGCCAGCCAAGGCCCAGGUCAGGUUAAACCAUCCUGCUCUCUUGGCCCCCACCCAGGAAUCUGUGGGCCUUCGUAGGGCCCAGGGAGCUCCUGAUGCCCCUUUCCACAUGUGAGCCAGGAUAUCAGACUUCUUGAAAAGCAAGGACUUCAACCAGACACCACAGACCCUCAGAACUUCACCCAGAGAUGUCCAGACACUGAACAAAGGUGUAAAAAUUGCCGCAGCUUUCCAGCAACUGGGAUCUGCUUUGGCAAAUGGCUCUCCUUACCUUGAUUAACUCAACAGGGAUGGGGGAAGGGGCUGUCAUUAAUAUUUUGUUCAUUCAUA